CCGAUCAAUUGUCCUCUCCAUCUGGCAGCACUCCCAGUCCUUCUGGUGAAAAACCCUCUUCGAUGGGUACUUCCGACGUUAAACAAUUGCCCACGGAAGCGCUGACGAAAGGGGUUGCUGACCCUCGCAAUAAAUCUGGCGAUGAUAAAAAGAGAGACGAAGAAGAAACGGGAAGAGAAAAAGAAAAAAACGAAUUACAACCCGAGACACAAGAGAGGGGAAAUAAUGCGGAGGUACCACAAUCAUUACCCGCACAACCAUCGGGUGUACCUGCACCAUCAUCAACAGCAGGUGAAGGAGGCCCAGCAGCAGAAAAAGAAAACUUACUGAAACUAACCAAAAUGGAAUCAGAAGCACCGGAACAGCCUUCAGGGGAUACUACACAAGGGCAGCACAGUCAUGACACAGACACAGAGGAUCCGACGAAGAAUGCAACAACCGGCAGUCCAGCAGAACCAACAACCUCAUCUACCUCUACAAGUGGCAGCGGUGAUCAUGUCCACAAUAAGGCAGAUAAGGAUGAUGCUCAAAGCUCUGAAGAACAACACGACAGCCUUGAAACUGGCAACACCAACGUUGUUCCAACACUCAGUGAGGCAGCACCACAAACGGCAGAAACAAUCACCGCUGCUCAAACAAAUGGUACGGCGACGCCUGACGACAGUGACGGCAGCACCGCGGUCUCCCACACCACCUCCCCUCUUUUGCUUCUCCUUCUUGUUGCGUGUGCGGCUGCUGCUGGUGUGGCGUCCAUCCCACGCACACACUCACUAACAAACAAGUGA